AACCCUAGGUAAACUAUGAUUGAACAGAACUGAUCAAACUUUUGGCAGCAAUCUUACAGGCCCUACCAACACACACAUAAUAGGAUGCCAGUGAGAAUCAAAUGUCAUCAUUUCAUCAAGCUGUGCCCAACAGUUUGGCUUAUUAAGCCGAGAAGUUCAUCUAAUGUUUAGAUCCAUUUUUUUUUACAGAUUAGAGAGAGGUGGUUGAGGGAUAUUUAGCCAAGUGAUUCACAGGUCCACACUGACUAUUGCAGUUUGUUUAUCCUGCCCAGAAGAUAACUCCGAACGUUUUAGAUUCCUCACAGAAAAAUCAUUUGUCAACCUUAAAGAAUGCUUGACAAUGCAGUUGAGGAGAAGAACUGAAGACAGGUGCCCUUGCGGCUGUGCCCAGACUACUGUGCCUGCCGGGUCACAUGCCCUUCAGGAAUGUAAUAAAGAGAAGAAGAAGCACGUGAUACAAGAUAGCAGUGAAAUACCAGAGAAUAAUCCUGAAACUCCUUGCAAGCAGUUGAAACGGUUCGAUACAGCUCGAUACAACAAUGGUAUGAAUGGGUUGGAAGCUCCAAAUCUAAUUACAUCCUCACCAAUUCAAAAGAAAAUUCACAAAAAAGGUAGUAAUCCCAGAAAGGGUGUAUUGCACGCCGUAAAAGAAAACAGCCAAACUACAAUCAGUCCAGCGAGAACAACUUUCCAUGGUACUAUGUUUUCUCCAAUGUACCAGUUUUACGGCACCAAUAAUGAUACACUGUGUAAAAAUCUGGACCUUGCAGUUCCAGACACAUUGCAGAAAAGUGACCCUGACCGAGCUUCUUCAAGUAAAGAAAAUGAAGAGCCUCCUGAGAGUCUGAUCUCGUCCGUGUCGGAAUCAGCGCUGGUAGAUCCUGAGACAGGCAGCACUGAAGAAGACAACCUUUCCCUCCUUCCAACUACGGUGUCACAAUCCAGUACAAGUGCAUCUGAAGGGCACAGUGAUGCAGACACUAGUGACAUGGUUGCACCAUUUCCCAUUCCAGGUGAAGAUGAAGUGUUUGAGGAAUGGGAACCAGAACCAGAGCCAUUUGAUCCAUAUCAUUUCAUCCGUUCACUUCCGCCUCUCACAGAUGAACUGCGAGCACGUGCACCAGCACUGCCACUCAAGACCCGCAGUUCGCCAGAGUUCUCUCUUGUUCUCGACUUGGUAAGUGCAUCUUCUUUAUUCUUUCUCUCAUUCACCUCCUCUAAUAUCUCCUUUAACAAAUAUUUAUAUCUAUUCAUUUCUGUUUUUUCUUUUCUUCUCACUACAAGGCAUAGAUUGUUCCGAGAACACUGCGUGUGCGUUAAUGGCAACUAUAUUAAAGACCUUACUAUACUUGGCCGUGAUUUGUCAAAAACCAUCAUUGUGGAUAAUUCACCGCAGGCGUUUGGCUAUCAGCUUGAUAAUGGCAUCCCAAUUGAAAGUUGGUUUAUGGAGCGUACUGACCAGGAACUAUUGAAACUGCUGCCGUUUCUGGAGAGUCUUGUUGCCAUGAAUGAAGACGUACGACCUCAUAUCCGACAGCGUUACCGGCUCUUUCAGAUGUUACCACCAUAAUCGACGUUACCAUCGUUUUUAUUUUUAUUUUUUUUUUUUUUUUUAUCCGGGGGAACUAAAUCUUCUUGUGUCCUGAGCUGAGCAGACUAUUGUAUAAACAAACUCACACCUCCUCCAACACAUCUAUUACUUCUAUAAUACUACUGUUACUACUACCACCACCACCUCCACGACUACCACCACUACCACCACC